AUACAAUUUAGCCUUCUAUUGCCCUUAUAAAAGAGUAACUUCGGUAACUACUGUCGUCAUCAAAGCGAUAUUGAGAAAGAAAUUUGACUGGAGCAUAGCAAUAGAGAUGGUUGAAACGACUUGAAAAAGUUGUUUUCAAAUAUUUGGUGAUCUGCUCUUGAAUCAGAAAGGGAAAAUUAAAUUCUAUUGCUCCACUUCUCCACUGAUUUUUCACCACCUUUUAUCAUUGUGAGGCGCGGCUGGUGCUGGUUGUUUGCAGAAGGUUUUAUUUAUCAAAGUCAUGGCAAAAGUUUCUUCUCAAAUGCAACUAGCUUUUACUGUCAUCAUCACAUUUAUCUUCCUCCCACUUUUUUUUAGUCAAUUUCUGGUUACUGCAGAUCAAAUGUACACAUCUUCUUGUAAACCUUUUAGCUGUGGUACUUUCACUAAUUUAAAGUAUCCUUUUUGGAAUGUGAACACCCAACCAAGUUAUUGCGGACAUCCCCAAUUCAAACUUGAGUGUCAAAAAGGUCACUUGAUUAUUGAAAUUAAUUCACAAAAAUUUUAUAUUCUUUCCAUAAAUCAAAGCUCUCAACUUUUGAGGAUUUCAAGAGAGGACUUUUAUGAUAUUGAUCCUAAUCAUAAAAAAUAUUGUCCUAAGGAUUAUAUCAAUGUGGACGUGGAUUCACAUUUUUUCAACUACACUUCAAAUAAUGAAAACUAUACUGCAUUAUAUGAGUGUGGUCAUCUUCUUCAACAUUUGAUUUUAGAAAUUUCUGAUGGUUUUGUUUGCCGAAAAAAGGACAUGAUGCAGGCUGUCUAUGUAGUCUCAAAUUCUAAAUUGUCUGAUUUCGUUACCAUGAAUUGUAAAAAUAGAAUCACAAUUCCUGGAAUAAAAAACACUUCUACCAAUUCCUCGGAUGUCGUGAUGGGAUUUUUAAACAAAGGAUUUGAAGUUAGGUGGAGCGGGGUGGGGGAGGAAAAAUGUCGUGCUUGCAUGAGAUCAGGUGCGACAUGUGGCUUUGACAGAUCAAAAAUUGAAGUUACAUGUCUCUUCAAGAGAUCUGCGACAGCCAAAGUGGUUGUUGCUGGAGCAUGGAAUUUGAAGAAGAAACUCCUUGUUGGUGGUAUUUCUGCUGUGUUGCUAACACUGGCUAUGAUUGCAAUCAUAUAUAUUUAUUGGCGCCGACACAAUAACCACUACGCUGGAUCAUAUGCACAAUCUGUGAAACUGACUUCUCAUCCUUCGAGACAAGAAAGUCAACGAUUUGAUAGAAAUCAAUAUUUUGGUGUUCAGUACUUUACAUGUGAUGAUCUUAAGGCCGCAACAAAUGAUUUUUCAGACCAAAUAGGAGAUGGGGCCAGUGGGGAUGUAUUUUAUGGAGAACUACCUGAUGGUCGACGCAUUGCGGUUAAAAAGAUUAGUGACAACGGCAGACUUGAUCUAUUCCUCAAUGAGCUUGAAACCCUAUCCUAUCUGUCUCAUCCAAAUCUGGUAUCUUUAUAUGGAUGUACAUCUUCAAGAGGUCCUGAUCUUAUGCUUGUAUAUGAAUACGUUACCAAUGGAACUGUAUAUGAACAUCUUCAUGGUGACAGAGAAACACAUGAAAAUCUACCGUGGAGCACAAGAAUGAAUAUUGCGGUGGAAACAGCUAGUGCAUUGAAGUAUCUUCAUGCUUCUAAUAUUAUCCAUAGGGAUAUCAAAACUAGCAAUAUUCUUCUUGAUGCUAAUUUUCAUGUUAAAUUAGCAGAUUUUGGAAUAUCACGCAUUUUUCCAUCAGACCAAAGCCAUGUCUUUACUAAUCCAGUAGGGACUCGUGGUUAUGUAGCUCCUGAAUACCAAAACCACCGUGAACUUACUCAUAAAAGUGAUGUAUUCAACUUUGGAGUGGUAUUGGUUGAGCUUAUAACAUCUAUCCCUGCUUAUGAUGCUUGUACACCUGACACAAAUCUUCAUAAAAUUGCUACCACGAGAAUCCAAAAUCAAACAAUGCAUGAACUUGUGGACAAUACCCUUGGAUAUGAUUUGGAUUCCGAUGUCGAGGAAAUGGUAAAUCUCGUGAUAGAGCUAGCUGGUCAGUGUCUACAUGGAUCCCGAGAGGCUAGACCUACCAUGCAUGAAGUUUUAAUAGCUUUACAGGAUAUUCAGCGUGUGGGUCAGAAUGACAUGCAACAUGCUGACGUGGACAUACAAGGCCCUACUGAUGAAAUUGAGCUGUUAGCACAAUCCACCACCACCUAAUUCUAGUUUACAAGUACAAUUAGUUAUUUGCUUAGAAAUAGUUUUGUGUGUUAAGUAAAGUUGUUAAGUUGCCGUCUCAAUUUAAUUACUUUUGCUAAUAUUACGAAUUGCUCCUGUUGUAGACUCAAAUUAGUUUAUUGUAAAUUGAGAAAUAUAAAAUGUUAUUUUGUUCUUUCAA